UGUAUAUAUAACGACGAAAUUGACUUCAAAAUUUUCUGACUUUAAUUCUUUCUUUCGUCAUCAUCUUUUGUUAAUUUCGUUUCAAUCAUUACACAAAAAAAGUAUGGAACUUCAAGUCCGUCUUCUUCCUACGAUCUUCUUCUUCUUCUUCUUCUUCUUCUUGACAAUUCUACAACACUCUUCUUCUGCUCGGGUUCUUACAGUCUCCAAGCCUGAUAGACAUGACUACGCCGCUAGUGCUCGUUGGCUCGUCUCUCAGAACAUCUGGGGUGUUCUCAGCACACUAUCCAUUGAUCAUGAUGGCGCUCCCUUCGGGAAUGUUGUAUCAUUUAGUGAUGGUUUACCCGAGAAAGGCAGCGGUAUACCUUACUUUUACUUGACAACUCUUGAUCCAACUGCAAGAAACGCACUAAAAGACCAGAGAGCUUCACUUGCGAUCAGUGAAUCUCCCGUUGGAACUUGUAAAAGUGAUCCAAUGAAUCCUACUUGCUCUAAACUAACCCUUACCGGAAAGUUGCUGCUAUUGGAUGAUGGAUCUGAGGAAGCACAAGUAGCCAAAAAAGCUUUGUUCACAAAGCAUCCAGAGAUGAUUGAUUGGCCUGUGGAUCAUGAUUUCCACUUCUUCAAACUCGAGAUCACAAAUAUAUUUCUAAUCAAUUGGUUUGGUGGAGCUAAACCUAUCACUGUAGAUGAAUACCUUCACGCCAAGUCGUAAGUACAAUGCGUGAACCCCUUUAUAAAAAACAUCGGAUCAAAGUCGCUUCCUUAUUACAAUGAAACUCACCGGAAUAAAGCAAAACGGUGAAGCAAAGAAAACUUAUAUAUUGGCAACACGACAAUAAAUUAUAUUUGUAACUGUUUCUUUGGUUACAAAUAGAUGUCAAAAUCUCUGUAAAUUACUUCAUACCAAGUUCAAAAGGUAUCCAAUUAUUUCUCUAUGGAAAAUUUGGUUACAUUUAGUAA